CUGACGAUACUACACCCCUUUUCAGUCGCCUGGCUUUUUUUGUACUGGCGGCAGGAAGAGUAGCGGCAGCCGAACCUUCUGCGGCGGCGCCGCCUCCGCCGCCUUUUUCCUCCCCAGAAAAACACACACGCACACACACCACACGCUCGCUUAGUUACAACCGGUUUGUACCGGCCGCCGGCUCUUUCUCUGCACGGCAGUGCGUUCUCCCCCCCCCUUCACCUCCCGGUUGGAGGAUGCAAGGAGGGGGAAGAGCUUGAAGCUUGCACCUAGCCGGCUUGCUCGAGCAGCCUCUUACUUCCCAUAACCUGAGGGCGUAAACAAAUAAAGCCCCCCUCCCGGGGGGAUUCCUCUCACCAUAGAGCGAGCCGGCACUCAGCUGCCUUCUUGGCCUCGGGUGCCCGCCGGGCGGGGCGGGCGCAGAAAGAAGUUUUGCCCAGAGGGGAAGGCGGAUGAGAACAGCCUUAUAAAACACUGCAUCACUUCUUUGAAAAAAUAACCCAGAAGGCAGAUGCAUGGACUUACUGAAACAGAGACAAGACUCUGAAAGGAGCUGACAUGGAUUGUGGCAUAGAAGAUGAACUUUGUAUAAAAUCAGCUUUACGCCAAAAUAUCAUAUUUCAAUGUUCAUUUCCACUACCUGGUACUGCAAGGGUUGCCAGAUAUACCAGCAGUAACAUGUUCUAGAAGACUGAAUGACUCAAGAUCAUCUUCUCUUCUUCUGAACCUUGAGUUCAUCCUGGAAAAUGGUGUUCCAGAAGUCACCAGAUGGUGGAUGGGGCUGGAUGAUAGUACUUGUAUCCUUCUUUACCCAGUUCUUGUGCUAUGGAUCCCCAUUAGCUGUCGGAGUUCUGUAUCUAGAAUGGCUGGAUACUUUUGGAGAAGGAAAAGGAAAGACUGCAUGGGUUGGUUCUCUUGCAAGUGGAGUUGGACUACUUGCAAGUCCUAUUUGCAGCACAUGUGUAUCUGCUUUUGGAGCAAGACCUGUCACAAUCUUCAGUGGCUUUAUGGUUGCUGGGGGCCUGAUGAUGAGCAGCUUUGCACCGAAUAUCUACUUUCUGUUUUGUUCCUAUGGAAUUAUUGUUGGACUUGGGUGUGGCUUACUGUAUACAGCAACUGUAACUAUCACAUGUCAGUAUUUUGACAAACGCAGAGGCCUUGCUCUUGGUCUGAUUUCAACUGGAUCAAGUGUUGGCCUUUUUAUAUAUGCAGCAUUACAGAGAGAACUAAUUGAAAUGUAUGGAUUGGAUGGGUGUCUGCUUAUUGUAGGUGCAUUGUCUCUAAAUAUAUUAGCAUGUGGGAGUCUAAUGAGACCUUUGCAGUCAUGUGGUUCUGCCUUACCAGAGAAGCCAACCCUUGAAAAGAUUCCAGAUCAAUACCUCAUUUAUAAUGAAAAAGAAAAGAAUCUUUAUGAAGAAAAUAUACUUGAAAAAGCCAGUAAUGAAGAAAAAGGUGUGAAUAAAACAUCCUGUAGUGAUUGUAAGCAGGACUCCGAAAUAAUGAACAACAAACUAUUAACAAGAACACACAGAGAGAGAGAGACUUACAGAAAUAAAGUUGUAGAACGGACAUAUUUCUGUAAACAGCUUGCCAAAAAGAAAUGGCACCUGUAUUUAGACUACUGGGAGGAAACACUGGGCCUUUUUAAAAACAAAGUAUUUUCAUCACUUUUUAUUGCCAUCUUUUUCUUUGACAUUGGUGGCUUUCCUCCUUCAUUGCUCAUGGAAGACGUUGCAAGAAGUUCAAAUAUUGGUGAAGAUGACUGUGUCAUUCCUCUCAUUUCUAUAAUGGGCAUUAUGACUGCCUGUGGUAAACUUGUUCUAGGAAUAUUGGCAGAUUUUGAAUGGAUUAAUACUUUAUAUCUGUAUGUUUUAACUUUAAUAAUGACUUCAGCGGCACUGGUUUUGAUUCCUUUUGCCCAAAGUUACAUUACACUGGCAAUACUUUCAGGGGUUUUAGGUUUUCUGACAGGCAAUUGGUCAAUUUUUCCAUAUGUCACAACAAAGACCGUGGGAAUUGAGAAAUUAGCACAUGCAUAUGGUAUCCUGAUGUUCUUUGCUGGACUUGGAAACAGUCUUGGACCACCAAUUGUAGGUUGGUUUUAUGACUGGACGAAGUCUUAUGACAUAGCAUUCUACUUUAGUGGACUUUGUGUUCUGUUUGGAGGGCUGCUUUUGUUGGUGGCAGCGCUGCCAUGUUGGAACAGCAUGAACAGUUGUGAUCAAGCUGAAAAGCCACUCCCAAAUACUUACUCCUACAAAGUUGCUUCCAGUGUGUAGGUGACAAGUGUGGAACAGUUGAUUAUCUUUUUAUACUGCACAGCAAGAUAUUUUUAGUAAUUUCCUCACUUAUUUAUGAAGUAAAAAAAAAAUCUUUUUAUACUACUUUGAAAUGCUUGUAGCCAGAGCAUAUUGCAUGGAUGAAACACGCAUUGCCGGCUAUGGCAGAUAAAGUUCCAUCAGCACAAGAGGCUUUUUGCCUUACUGUUGCCAACUUCCAGAAAACCCUGCUUGUGCUCUGUGCACUGAGCUCUGAUGCAUAUGUGGAACUGCUGUACAAGGGAUUCGCCACUGGCUUCAGUGUUGGAGAGUUCUACAUGUGCAAUGCGGAUAGCGUUGUGGAAUUUUGAAACCAGUAGGGAGGUUCUUGCAUGCAUCGAGCCAUUAUGUGUACAUCAAAGCACAAAUAUAUCUGAUCUGGAACCAGCGAUGUUCUCCUGUGACUUCCUUUUGUGACACAUAAUGUAUUGUACUAUAGUUUUACAAAUUAAACAUUUUUCCAAUGGAAUAAAAUGUAUUUUAAACA